CAACACUAAUCGCAAUCACAAGCGCGUGGUAUUAGCGGCCGGGCAGUAAUUAACACAUUUUCAAUAAUUAACAUUGUUUCAUUGGAACUGUGAUUGUGAAAAUGUGUGGUGUGAUCGGUAGCGUGUCCACGCUGGUGAUAGGCGCCAUCCUUGUGAUCGGCAGCUGUAUCGUCGGCUUCCUUGUGGUGCCUAACAUCGUCCGCAAUGUCAUCAUAAGCGAGGUCGUGCUGAAUGAAGACACAAUACAGAUGGACAGGUUCGAAGAGAUACCCUUCUCAUUGAACUUCACUGUGAUGAUCUUUAACAUCACCAACCCUGAAACUGUGUUGAACGGCGGCGUGCCAUUCGUCACUGAAGUUGGACCAUAUAUCUAUCGGUUGUACCAGACUCGGGAGAUACUUGGAAUUGACGGUGAUAUAAUUAGGUACAAGAGACACGAGCACUUUGUCUUUGACCCCGUCCUCUCGCACCCGCGUACAGAAGAAGAUAUACUGACUAUCAUCAACGUGCCGUACCACGCCAUCAUCCAAGUUGCGGAAACGUUGUACCCGAAUUUGAUGCCAUUAGUAAACCUCGCAAUUAAUGGUGUUUUUGGAAAAAACAAUCAGCCGUUCGUCAAUAUCACGGCUCGUGAGUUACUAUUCGAUGGUAUCACGCUGUGCAAGGACACUGGUAUGAUAGCAACCAUCGUGUGCAACAUCAUCAGGAACAUCGCUCAAGGGGCCCGGAAUAUUGAACAGUUGGAAGAUGAUUCUCUCGUGUUCUCAAUCUUAAAUUAUAAAGAACAACUGCCCAGCGAAGAAUAUGAAGUGCUAAGGGGUCUUAAUGACCCCGCAGAUUUGGGUCGUAUCCUGAAAUAUGGUGGCUACAACCGAUUCCGACACUGGGCUAAGAACCCUGAAGGUGGAGUGACUCCCUGUAACCAGAUCAAUGGUACUGAUGCUGGAAUUUACCCGCCUUUCGUCAAUAGAGAAGAAAGCAUUUUCGCCAUCAACACAGACAUCUGCCGAUCAGUAGAGCUCCGGUACGAGUAUGAUACCGAAUACAAGGGUAUCCCGACAUAUAGAUAUGCAGCUAAUGAGUGGCUUCUAGACAACGAUGAAGGUUGCUUCUGUCUGAAUCAAACGCGAGGUCUGAAUCGGGAAGAUGGCUGCCUCCUUAAAGGUGCAAUGGAGUUGUACAGCUGUGUCGGUGCUUUCCUCGUGAUGUCGUACCCACACUUCCUGUUCGCUGACAACUUAUAUCGAAACAGUGUGGUUGGGAUGUGGCCGGACGAAGACAGACACAAGAUAUUUGUGGACAUAGAACCGAACACGGGCACUCCGAUCAGAGGUGCAAAGAGGGCGCAAUUCAACAUAUUCUCGAGGCCUGUCAACGGUGUACCUGUCACACAACCCUUCCGGACUGCCUUAGUCCCGAUCUUAUGGGUAGAUGAAUCCAUCGUCCUGCCCGAUGAAUUCGUGGAGGAGCUGACAGGCAGAUUGCUACACAGUCUCCGAUUAGUAGACAUCUUUAUACCGGUCAUCAUCGCAGCUUGUGGUCUCGUGCUGGUGGUAGGCGCCGGCCUUACCAUUAGAGCAUUUUAUGUAAGAAAAUCAGUAAAGAAAACUGAAUCGGUACCUGUAGAUAAAACUCAACCGGCACUUGAAACUAAACCGGAACCCGAAACUCAACCUGAACCUCUAAGUCAACCUGAACCUCGAACUGAAAAUGAAGUUGCCAAGUAGAUAUUAUAUAGAUAUUAUGUAAGAUAUUAAAUUAUGAUGAUA